GCCGCACAAAGGUCGCCUCGAUCGUGAAGUUUCACAGGGAGGGAAAGGGAAGCAGUGCUGGUCAUUACGGACGAUUUCCAACUGUUUCCGCCUUUAGGGAAUGCAUUGCGCUACGUUAUUUGGGACUUGCAAUUCUUAGCGUUUCGAAAGAAGGAAGCGGCCUUAAGGGUCAAUAGCAGCGCGGUUCGCCAACUCCAUGCCGACACACCGUUGGUUCUUCCUCUCACUGGCAAACAAAACUUCAUAGUCCGUGGGUUCAUCUAAUUUUCGACUGAAUCCGACCCCGCUGCAGUGUAGACACUAUAUCAUAACAUUUCCCUCUGUUUCCGCAUCUUAUCUACUCCCUGAUAUCGAAUUCACUUAGGGCUUCCUUGAUCCAAAAUGAAACUGUCACGAUAUGGCAUCAACCCGUUGCUUCCAUAUCAACCUGUUACGGCCACCGAUGUGGUAUUCUUAAAUUUACGCGGAGUUCACUUUCGGGUUUCAUCGGCUGUGCUCGGGCUUUUUCCGGACUCGGUCCUGAUGAACAUGUUUCCAACAGGUAUUAUCCCUUUCUUCUCCGUAGUCUCUGGUAGAGAAGCAACAGCUACCGUUCCUGGGGUGCGAAUGGGAGCAGCGGCAGCAGCAGCAGCGGCUAUAACGCAAGCGAUGGAGUCCCGGCGUAUGAGUGAUCCCAACCCGCAACCCACAGGGCGGAAAUCCAGUAGCGCUGCUCAGGACUCUGCGCGACGCGCAUCAUUUGCUGGCGGGAACACAUUGAGCAAGUCUACUGCAUUGAGCUGGCAAAAGUACUACAACUCCGAAUCUGGCGAAGACGCUGAGCCGGAGGAUGACAUGGAGUCACUCUCUGAAACCUCAUCUGAUGAUGACGGAGAAGAGUUUGACAACCGUGAGUCUGAGAAAUCUGAGAAGACCACGCCAUUUCGCCCAGCAGAGGACAGUCUGCAAAUGGAUUUGACAGGAGUUGAACAGCAUAAGAUCUGCCACAUCAAUUUCGACCCCAAACUAUUUCAAUUUCUGCUGGACUACUUCCGGCAAAUUUUAAAUAGUAACCACGAUGCAAUGGUGGCUGCGCAUGAGGAGAUGCAUCGGCAACAGGAAGAGCAGCAGAAGAUUGCGGAAGCAGCGGUACCUCCCGUGUCCCUGGACAAGGUCGAAGAGGAGAAUAGUGCGCCUCAUGAAUCCGCCAAGAUUGACACCGCUCCUGAGCAGAACCCUGAUACGAAACCUGAGGUUAACCAAGAUGAUGAGGAGAGCAAGAGUGCAGCUUCAAGUCCCACGUCGGUUGAAGGAAAUAUGGAUGGCAAAGUUAAUGGGAAAUGGCAUGGCAUUCGCCGGCCUUCAAGUUUCAACAUCUUUCGUCGCAUGUCUGGAUUGAAAUUUUCCAUAGUAACCUUCUUUUCUGGUCAUGAGCAAUCUCCAUCUGCCCUCGGGCCACAACCCACGCCGUCCGUAGGUGAACCACCCGUCCAUUUAAACCGGCCCAUACGAUCAAUAAUCGUGCUGCGGGAGGAAUUGGAGUAUUUUCCUAUUCCGAAGUGGGUCGAUGCAGGAAUGGAAGCGGGAAGUAAGGUCGAGAGCGUGUGGGAAGCUUUCAAGUCACGGUUACGACGGAGCUUCAGCAAAGCUAGCGCAAAGGUUGCCCUGAAUGACAAUUCGAACGACAGCCUGCAAAAAUUUCGCGAGGGGGUCGAAAUGGACGAAAUGCGUGGGGCAGUCACAAACGAUGCUUUCGGACGUGAGGUGAAGGAAGUCAAAAUCUUCUGUGCGGAGAGACUAGUUAAAGAACGUGUUGUCGCCCGCAAGUAUGCAGAAGAGAGCAUCGAGAUCUUCGAAAAGGGGGAGAAAGAACGCCCAGGUGGAACGGAGAGAUAUCGAGGGUCACGAGGGUCGGGCUCACGUCCAUCUGUCGAUGAAACAGAAAAAAAUGCCUCACAAUCGCAAGGUUUAACAGAGAGAGAGCGGGUAGUAUGUGAGAUGGAUGAGCAGAUAUUAAAAGGUCAGCUCAUUUCUGCGUUGGGUCUUUUUUCCGCAGACUUCAAGCAUGAUCAGACAGAGUGGGAUUUUAGAGAAAUUGAGGCAGGAAAAUGUAGAGUCUCAAGCGUCUCCAUGUUAAAAAUGAGAGAGUUACAAGAUAUCCAACGAGCAGUUGAUGCGGCAGCAGCGACGAUGGAAAGCUCUAAGCCGUCACCUGAGAGUUCUACCUCGCAAGCGGAGCCCGGCAUUCUGGAAGAGUCCAGCGCUGGAAGAGAAUCCGGGGCUGGUAGAAGGGCAUCGGACGUGCAGGCAGGAAAGGAUAAGUCAUCGGCAUCCAAUGCCCAAAACGCCUCUUCUCUCGUUACCCAAGUUUCUGACGCGGGAGCGCCCCCGUCAGUUUCGAGUCAUCAUCUCAAUCAGCAUCUGCUGAUGAAGAGGCCGGUCAGAAAGUGCUGGUGGGAAGUGAUGACGAUACGAAUGGACACCAACUGGCUCGAACGACGACGAUCUAGUUUGGCGGCGGAGGAAGCUCAAAAGGCAUCGAAAGAGAAUUUAGCACCUAGUACAACAUCGGUAUCAAACGAGCGGCAAAGUGAGGAGGGCAAAGAAGGGCGGGCCCCUGCCACUACGGCUGCAAAUGAUGGCAAUGGUGGCAGUAAUCGCGAAGAAGUACAGGCAGAUGUUGUUAACGAGACAACAGAUGCGUCUACUACACCGGUAAAACCUUACAUUGUAGAUAUUCCAGCAGAAUCAAACACUUCAGUUCCGGCGUCCUCGGAUGCACCACCUGCUCAACUCGAGCAGUCAGCGCCUGAGUCAUCAUCACUACUGGCGAACAACUCAACAGCCGACGCUGACCCUGGAAACGAUGCUCCAAAUGGAGCCUCCCGUCCUGAGGGAGUGGAAGAGACGUCAUCCUCCCUACCUGACCCAGCACCGAAACCAGUACUCCCCACGAUGGACGCUUCCGACACAUCAGGCCACACGUUCUCACCUGCUUCCCCUAAGGUUCCCUCAACAGGGACGAUAGAACAGAAAGAGGCGGUGCCACACGCGCCCCCUAACCACGAGGCUAACGAGAAUGUCGAACGAGUGUCUAUCACAUCAUCUAAUGUACCCCAAUCAUCAUCCGGCACUGAAACUGGCGCUCGUGUAAGAGUUCCGCCAGAGAUACCGCUCCCUCCAUCACCGACCAACCUGUCGCGGCCAGCGUCAACUCUCAUAAAGGUACAGCCAGUCGACAUUAGAUUAUGGGUUAGACGAACUUGGACCAUUGAAUUCUGUUCGAUGUGAGACCCGGGAGGUCUGGUCGUGUACACAAUUGGAGAUAUCUGAAGCUUUAUGGGCAUUGUAUUGUAUCAUACUUCACAAUCGACGACACACCUCGCAUUCGCGGAGUGACAAUAAGGGCAUGCAUUAGGGGAUAUGUUAUUCUACAUGAUGAUAAGAACUAUGGGACGGCAACGUAGGACGUCAUCGGCGUUUAGAAGCCGGCGUCCAAGCACCAGGCUCGAACGUGUCACCUUGUCCAUGGGGAGCAGUGGGGGAUGACUCUGGGGUGGCUAAAAAUAAACAGCACCGUGAUGG